AUUUUAUUGAAAGCAAUCUCACAGUAGCAACUAGCAAGCACCGGCGGCGAAAAAUGAGCAGUCGUUACCCGGCGCCGAUAACCCUGACCCGAACCCGCAUAGGAUGGAUAGGCAUCGGCGUUAUGGGCGGUGCGAUGGCCUCCCGCCUCAUCGCCGCCGGAUACUCACUCUCCGUCUACGCCCGCACCCCCUCCAAAGCCACCUCCCUCCUUUCCCUCGGCGCCACCCUUGCCCACUCCGCUGCCGACCUCGCCGCCUCCUGCGACAUUAUUUUCACCAUGAUCGGCCACCCCUCCGACGUCCAAACCCUAAUUCUAGACACACUUAUUCCGGCCAUCACUCCCGGCACCGUCAUCGUCGACCACACCAGCAGCCACCCCGCACUCGCCAGGCGAAUCCACCUCUCCGCCCUCGAGAGCCGCUGUCACUCCGUCGACGCCCCCGUCUCCGGCGGCGACGUAGGCGCUCGAUCCGGCAAAUUGGCAAUUUUCGCCGGCGGCGAUGCUGACGUGGUGCAGUGGCUGAAACCCUUGUUCGAUGUAUUAGGGCAAGCGACCUAUAUGGGGAGUGCCGGGAAGGGGCAAAGCUGUAAAAUCGCGAAUCAGAUCACCGUGGGUGGGAAUCUAGUGGGAUUGAGUGAAGGAUUGGUGUUUGCCGAAAAGGCCGGAUUGGACAAGGUUAAGUUCCUGGCGGCGGUGAGUGGCGGCGCCGCAGGGUCCGCUGCCAUGGAAUUGUUCGGGAAGAGGAUGAUUGAUAGGGAUUUCAGGCCCGGUGGUUUCGCGGAGUAUAUGGUGAAGGAUUUGGGGAUGGGGGUAGAUGUGGUUUUGGAGGAGGAGGAGGCGGCGGCGGUGGUGGUCCUGCCCGGAGCGGCAUUGUCAAAGCAGUUAUUUUCCGGCAUGGUGGCGAACGGAGACGGGAAGUACGGGACGCAGGGCGUUAUUACCGUUAUAGAGAGAAUCAACGGAGUUAAUCACGAUUAAGGUUAGAUGGAAUUAAGCUCGGUAACGAAAUUUUGGCGUUGCAUUUUCAGUUGAAUGAAUCUAUUGAAUUGUGUUUAUAUAUUGCUAGAAUGAAUUGUUCAUUGAAAAUAUAACUAGAAACUUUUGUUACUGCUGAAGAUUUUUUUUUUUUUUUCAGAUUCUUGUUGCAUUGCGUUUGUUAUUGGCAACUAAUAUGCUAGGCAAUUAAGAAAAUAAUAGAUGAUAUUUAGUUCAGAAUCAAGCAUUGAUAUUAUACUAUAUUCAUUUUUACAUUUUGAAAUU